AAAAGCAUCCCACAUAAAUAUCAAUGCACUCAUCCAUGUUGAUCUGGUUCACACACAUUUACACUGAGGACAGACAGGUGAGGAUGGCUGACCUUGUGAUUUUGUUCCUCACACUUUUUCCUGGGCUGUGCAUUGCUGAUUUGUCUGAGAAUCUCGCUGUUGGACCUGUAGCGGUCCAGUCUUCCACAUACAAUUAUUUAGGAGCUGCUCAAAAUGCUAUUGAUGGCAAUAGGCAGUCAAAUUACAUGCUGGGGUCCUGCACGCACACUGCAGGGAUCAAUCCCUGGUGGAGAGUUGACUUGAAUAAAGCGCACAAGAUAACCAGGGUUAGAAUCACUAAUCGAGGAGACUGUUGUGCAGAGAGGAUAAUUGGUGCUCAGAUCCGCAUCGGCUACAGCCUGGCAAAUAAUGGCAACAGCAACCAGCUGGUUAGAAUUAUUGGAUACAUCCCUCCUGGAGGCACAACAACAUUUGAUUUUAAUCCUGUUAAGGGGAGAUAUGUCAACAUUUUUCUACCUGGGAUCAAUAAAUACCUCACUCUGUGUGAAGUUGAGGUGUUUGCAGAUUAAGUGCAGCAAGAUUAAGCUACACCUCAGUCCACUCAUCCCAGAAGCAAAAAAAAAAAUGAGACAAGCAUUUCUAAACUAUACUAAUAUUGCACUUCAUUUCAUUCUUCUACUUUUUAAAUGCAUAUUUAAUCCUUAAGAGUGGUUUCAAUGCAACUUAAAGUAAAAGUUUUUAAAAUGUCUUUUGAAAAUGUGCUGUAAGUGAAAAAUUUUAGUUAAUAAAGAUGUUUUUACAUGGGGCCAGUUGGAUAAACUGCCUAGACUAGUCUUAAAAUGUUGUAAUCUAAUUUGUUUUCUUAAAGACUGGUCAUAACUAUUUAAAGUCAAUUACAAAACAGUAGAUUGGCCCAAUUUUAAUCACAGAAGUAAAACUAAUUGGAUCUUGGCUAACUGCUAGUUGGUCAAACUAGUCCUUAAGACACAGUAUUAAUGGCUAUGUUUAUGCAACUGAUCAAUGGUUAUAAGGGACUGGUGAUUUAGAACUGUUAUCCAUUAUACUUUUGUUGGGCUGGUUGUUGCAGGAUAAUACCCUAAAAACAUCUAAUCUUUAUUUAUCUUUGCUUUUUACAUGAAUAAUAAAGAAUGGCUAAAGCAUUGAA